AUGGCUGACCACUCUGAUGAUUUAGACGAACUCCUCGAUAGUGCCUUAGAUGACUUCCAGAAUCUCAACCUCAACAAACCCUCCCUUCAGAGAAGUAAAGAAUCUACAGAGAACAAGCAAGAACCACCUUCCUUGCCUGCUGGGGUUCAAGGACUUGGCAUGGGAUUACCUGAAAUAAGAACAAAGAAAAAGGGAAAACAAAAGGUUUCAGAGGAAUCCCAUGUUACUGAGGCUCUUGAUAAGCUCAGAGAGCAGACUAGAGAGGCUGUUAAGGGACUGGAAUCUGUGACAAGUACGAAACCUGGCGGAGAGGAUUUGGGUAAGGAUGUGGAAGAUUGGGUCAAGCAGUUCGAGGAACUUGCUGGGUCUCAGGACAUGGAAUCUAUUGUUGAGACCAUGAUGCAGCAGCUUUUGUCUAAGGAUAUUCUUCAUGAACCGAUGAAGGAAAUUGGAGAAAGAUAUCCAAAGUGGUUGAAAGAGCAUGAAGCGAGUUUGAGUAAAGAAGAACAUGAACGUUAUUUUCACCAGUACGAACUCAUAAAAGAUCUUAAUGAAGUCUACGAAAAGGAUUCUGGAAACUUCACCCGGAUUUUUGAGCUCAUGCAGAAAAUGCAAGAAUGCGGCCAACCACCUAAUGAUAUUGUGCAGGAGCUAGCUCCUGAUUUUGACCUAGCUAGUCUUGGACAACUAUGUUAUUUAUUUGGGAGGACAACUGCUGAGGGCAUCUCAUCAGGAAAAUGGUCUAUGAACCCAUUUAUGUUAAGUAUUGGAGCUAAGGAAUCAAUUGUUCUUCAGUGUUAUUCAGAUUGA